AUGGAGGACCCUACCACAGAACUUACCGAACGCUUCGAACGCUACUGCGAUACAAAGGACAAUGCGCUGCCUAGCGAAGUCCUCGCAGAAUUACAGUCUAUGAUACGGCUGUAUGCCAUCUCGCCCGAAGAACUCGACUUCAAAUGGCAGGCAUAUUACAUGAAGAUGGGAGGAGAGGAGAACAAGAUGGAUGUCAAGACUGCGCGCGACUUUAAGAAAACGAUACAAGAUGCACUGGAACGGGAAAGCAGGGGAAAGGCACAGCAGCGACAUGAUGUCAAGCGGGGUCAACCGGCCCCAAGGGCCAAGGGGGGUGACAUGUAUGAUAUCUUGGAAGGAAUUGUCCCAAACACACCGCGACCAAGCGCAGCGAGCGGUGUGAAUGGUAGCACGGUCAAGCGGAAGGCCAACUUCCAGACACCAGGCGGCAAAGCCAGCAAAGUGCACGACACAAGUUCACCGGGAGGUAUCUUGACACCGAAAGUCGAGGGCUCUGCUGGAUCCGUAUUUGACUUUUCAUCGCGCACCAACGCCAAUGAGAUCACUGAGCAAUUCAUGGGCGAGGACAUACCUAUCCCUGAACCCCCGUCAGAAGAACCAAAGGAGCCUCGAGUCAAAUUGAAAGCCAAUACGGACAUGUCCAAAUUUUCCUACCGCACCAUGGCUAUGAAACUCUCAGAAGCGUCAGAGGUUCUCGACGACAGGAUCGACGAGUUUCGUGAAUCGGUCAAAGACUCUCUUGGCUUGGAUGAUAGUGCCUUUGGAAACCCACAAUACCAGUCGCCGAACGAAAUCAUUGCUGUUGGCCGGAUAGCAAGCGAUACUAGCGAAGGCAAACUCAAUCCCUCUACGGUAGUGCUGGAGGGAUCGCGACGAUAUGGCUCAGGUCGGCGAACACCUCUUAAGAUUGAGGGACUCUCAUCGUAUAACUUCUUUCCUGGUCAGAUCGUUGCACUCCGUGGUACCAAUGCCUCAGGUGAUGCCUUUGUCGUCUCAGAAGUCAUCGCACUUCCUCUCCUCAACCCACCUGCCACGACCCCAACCGAGUUAGACGUCAUCCGCUCACGAUACCUCGACACCCCCGACUCCGAUCCAGAUAAUGUUCGCCCUCUGACUAUAAUGAUAGCCUCUGGCCCUUACACGACAGACCAAAACCUAGACUUCUUCCCGCUCCAUACCUUCCUUGACAACGCCGCCGAAGCCUACGCUGACACCGUCAUCCUCAUCGGGCCCUUCCUCGACGCCGAACAUCCCCAAAUCCGCUCAGGAGACUUUGACCCUCCUCCCAACGCGAUUCCCGACCAAGCCACCAUGACGGACCUCUUCAAACACCACAUCUCCAGUGCCCUGCAAAACUUCCACAAGAGAAACCCAACCUGCCAAGUCAUCCUCGUCCCCAACCUCCGCGACGCACAUCACCACCACGCCGCCUUCCCCCAAGACAAAUUCAUCAAAAAAGAACUCGGGCUCGGCCCAGCCGCCAAAAUGGUCCAAUGCGUUACCAACCCCAUGACGCUCAGCAUGAACGAACUCACAGUCGGCAUGUCCAGCAUCGACAUCCUAGACAUGCUACGCAGAGAAGAACUCACAGGCGGAACCGCAAAAACCGUAAACCUCUACGAACGCUGUGCCAGAAACUUGCUCGAACAACGCAACUUCUUACCCGUCUUUCCCCCUACCGCACGGCAGAAACAACAACUCGCGCCUACCCCCGUGGACGCAAAACCAUUUAAACCCAGCACCACCGCCACCGCCGCGGACGAAGAUCCAGACGAUGAUAGUCCAAGCCCUUUUCUCCCCUUGGGCACCAUGCUCGAUACUAGCUACCUCAAACUCGCCGACAUGCUCAACGUCAGACCAGACAUCCUCAUCACCCCCAGCGUACUCCAAGGCACCGUCAAAGUCGUCGAAUCCGUCCUCGUUGUCAACCCCGGUACGCUGGCGAAACGCCGUGCGGCGGGCUCGUUUGCGAGGUUGAUUGUUAAACCGGCGGUUGUGAGGGAGGAGGAGCGCGAGAGGGGUGUUGCGGUUGCGCAUCGGGUUUGGGAGAGGGUGAGGGUGGAUAUUGUGAGGAUUUGA